GUCAGAUGCAAUGGCAUCGUACCAUCAACCUUUCCGAUGAUUUAUGGGUAAGUGUUUUUUCUUUUUCCAGCCAAUAUCACAUCAAUCAAGCAGCAUGGUUUUGCUCUCUUUCAUGUGUAGGAGGAAACCUGUCGUCACUACUUGCAAAUCCGCCAAAUGAAAGAAAUGAAGAAUCGCCACCCCAACCGCAAAUGUAAGCACAUCCUUGUCAGCAUCUUGUACGUGCUUUGUCGAAAACACAACGACCCUCGCACCUUUGCCGAAAUUUGUACCGCAGCCAAUGUCCGCAAGCAAGAAAUUGGGGCCUAUUAUCGCCUGGUGCUCAAAUUACUAAAGACAUCCACGGUCGGCUUACGCACCGUCAAUAUCGAAGAGUGCUUGCAACGUUGGUGUAGCACCAUGGAAUUGCCUCCGCUCAUCCUACCAGCCGCGAUCUGCGUUUCACGCCGCGCGGCCGAGCUGAAUUUGACUCAAGGCAAAUGUGCAAUUUCCCUCGGCGCCGCCAGUAUCUACCUAUGCUGUCAAACAUGGUCCCAUGUACGCAUCCAAAAGAACUGUCCCAUUAAUCCAUUGUAUGACAUUUGGCAAAGCCAUAAAGAAAUUGCCAUGACCGCCGGCGUCGUGACCGCCACCCUCAUCGGUUGCUACCGAUUGCUGCGACCGCAUGUCCAUACCCUCUUACCUGACUGGUUUCUUGUCGCGGCCGCAAGCGACUUGUCUCAAGACCCAGCGACCCGACCAGUCUCGAAAUAACACCCCAUUCUCUUCUUUUAUCAUUUCGCAUUUGAACCAAAACAGACUUCACUCUUUCAAUUCUUACUUCCAUAG